CCCAGUCCAACACAUCAUCUAUUACACCUCACAUCACCCUCCCUCCGAUACAUACAAUACAACACCUCCAACCCCCCCCUCUACUCCAUCAUCUACCGAACCCUGAAAAGAUGUCCCUCCAAACCCCCCGCGUCCUCCCCGCCCACCUGCACGCCUUCCACCCCUCCUCCUCGACCACCAGCAAACACACCGUCCGCAUCCUGGGCACCGUCUCCGCCCUGCGCGGCGACACCGCCACCCUCACCUGCGGCGGCUCGGGGGACGUCACGAUCAUCCUGAAGCCCGACUCGCAUCUGCAGCUGGGGAAAUUGGUUGAGGUGAUUGGGAAGGUGACGGAUUUGAAUGAGGGGGGCGUUGGGAUCCGAUUGCUCGGCGUGACGGAUCUGGGGGAUCCGGCGGAUUGUGAUUACAAGAUCUAUGAGCAGGUGGUCAACGCCACGCAUAAGCUGAAGUCGAUUUUCUAUGAUUCGAAUGAGUGAAGUGAGGUGGAGAGGUGGUGAUGAGGUUGAGGUUGAGGUUGAGGUUGAGUGAUAUACCCCUGUUGCGGUCGGAGGAUUGGAGGGAGAGUGCAUGUUGUUGUUCUUGUUGUUCCAAUAUUUGUUGUUCCAAUAAAUAAAAUGGUGUUAAUCGUCUGUUCGGGGUUGAACCUUGAAGGACAGAGAGUAGUUGUAAGCCUGGUCGGGUCGGACGUGAGAUCUACGGAGUACA